UUCCCCACCGCCUCCUCACCCUAUCAGUACACACAUUUCCCUCUAUUCAUCCACACUGCCUCCUCACCCUAUCAGUACACACAUUUCUCUCUAUUCAUCCACAGUUUUCCCACCACCGCUUCUUACAUCGAUUUCUAGAAGAACACAUUUUCUUUAUAUCUUUUGAUCCGUCUCUUCGCCACAACGUCACCAACAUCGAAGAACGACCACCCCACUCCCUAAAACGACGCAGUCCAACACCGUCGCCCCCCCCCCCCCCCCCCCCCCCCCCCCCCCCCCCCCCCCCCUUCCUCCUCUGCUACCAACGCUCCUGGAUUUCCCGUCAUUGGGUUACUUUAGAUGUGCUCUAUAAAAUUUUUUCUUAUUCUCUAGGGUUUUUUUGUCUGUCUUAACUGUUAAGAUCGACACCACCACCAAAGCACCAUCGAAGCACCUCACCACCACCGCAACAGUCAUCGCCUGCACAAACCAUAGCCUUAGCAACUGAGUAGCGCGACAACCCCUUUUGGUGGACGUGCGGUUAACGGGAUUCAACUAUGACCACAGUAACAAUGGAUGGAUCGUUUCUUUUCCAGUGGUUUUGCAGCUACCCCAUACGUGAGCACUUACCAAAUGACUACCAAAUGAUGAAUAUAUUUUAAAUUCUGAAGGCAGAUUGUGAUUUCUGUAAAAGAUGUUUUUAUUUGAUAUAGGAUGUAGAUGGUGCAACUCCAAAGGUAGGUCGAAAAUCAGUGAUGUAUCUCACUCAAUGUGCCUAAUAUGAGGCGCUAAACAAGAAGAAAUUGACAGGAUCUGGCACCUAUCAUAGAAGAAAAUAAGUGAUUGUCGCGUCACAAUUUUCCAGACACACACCAUUACGCAAUUGUUAUUCAUCGACUAUAAAUGAUUUUACUUCUCGCUUAAUUCUUUAGUUAUAAAUGAUAAAUCAUUUGAAUGAUUGCUGAAGCAGCAGCCUAGACCCAGUGAAUCUGAGUUCGAAGUUCCAAGGAUUUGAGUUUUGAGACUCCAGAAGUCACAAGUGACCGGUUCUUAUCAAUUUGAUUGUGUGGUUGGCUUCACAACCACACUCUAACAGGCUUUUUUAAGGGGAAUCCAAAUGAGUAAAACUCCCAUUCAACUUGACCACACUCUAAUAGGAGGUUUGGUGAUUAAGUGGGUGUGAAAGAGAAGACUUACCAGUGAAAAGGGAAUAGUGUGGAUGUUUACAUGUACAACAAUGCCUGUGGAGCUGUAGGUUAUUUGAUUGCAUGUUUGGGUCAUCUCAAACAAUCUUGAAGGUGGUAUGAAGAUAGAAAAGAUUUCUCUAAGAAUAAUUGAUAGCUUGAGUUUAUUUAACUUUUCAAGCUCACUUAGAAAACCAGGAUACUUUACAUUAUAGCACAAAGGGUGAUAAAGCUUCCUAAAAGAUUUGGGGUUCAGUUGCAUAUGAUGAUGAUCUAAUGGCUGCCAACACAUCCCUAGAAUUUUAUUUUAAUGAUGGCAGUUGUCAUAGUUUCUUGGAUUUAUUUCUGGUGUGGUGCUGUUUUCGUGCUUGGUGUGCGAGGAUUUCGUCUCUUUUCAUCCGCCUUCAUUUAUGCUGGUUGUCUAUGCUCCCAAGAAGGAUCCUACCGACCAUUGAUCUUGUAGGCAAGCAUGCUUUGUUUGGGAUUUUCUAUUUUGUUGGAUUUGGAUUAGAAAGAAUGGGUGAUGUAGAUGCAAAACAAUGAGUUAAAAGAUGUUGCAUAAGUGAAAACGAAGUAGAGGUCUAAAAGAAAGAAAUAAUAACAUCCCCACUUCUCAUCUCUUUCUAAUACAAUAUAGCUUUUUUCAAAAAAAAAUUUCUUAUAAAGGCAUUGUACUUUGUACAACUACCUGAUUUUAGCAUCAUAUUUUCCUUUUUUUUUUUUUUGCUUAUUAUGUCAUAAUGAGCAAGAAUUUCGGUUAUUUUUCAUCUUGAUACAAAUGUUCAUAUUUUGACUAAAUUGCAGGUUACAGUAACAUCUUGAUUAUAUUUCUUUUAACUUUUUUUUUUCUCAUCAACCC